AUGUCGAGCGAUCAAAGUGCGAAUGUGGAACUGAUCAAGAAGUACAUCGGCGAGUAUCCUGAUUUUCCGAAAAAGGGAAUACUUUUCAAAGACAUCUUUACCGCACUGCGACACGGAGAGGUUUGCAAAGCCAUCAAGAAUGUGCUUGUGUCGUACGUCAGGGAAUCUUGCCCGGAUGUGCAGGUGAUAGUUGGUCUAGAGGCUCGUGGAUUUCUGUUCAGUUUGCUGAUUGCGGCUGAGCUGGGAGUGGCAUCGGUGCCCAUAAGAAAGAAGGGUAAACUGCCGGGAACAUGCGCCCAGCAGGAGUACCAACUGGAAUACGGAACUGAUGUGUUUGAAAUACAAAAAGGAAGCAUCGUCGACGGACAGAAAGUGUUGAUAAUAGACGAUCUGUUGGCCACCGGUGGUACGAUGGAUGCAGCCAACAAGCUAGUACAGCAGCUGGGGGGAAUAGUGGAACGAAAUGUAGUUAUUAUAGAGCUUACCGAACUAGGAGGAAGAAAGAAGCUUGAAGCUUCCGGCUCAAAAGUACAUUCCUUUAUCGAAUACCAUGACGUCGAAUGA